UUGUCUAUCAUAAUCUUUUUAAUGGCAACAUUAGUAUUUAUUUAACUACAAAUAGAAAUGAUGGUUCAAAGUGGUACUGCCAGAAUAAAAUAAGUAAUAGCAGUACCACCGUUGGUUACAAGUAGAGACACAUUGUAAAGGUCCAGAGGAAAAGCCAGUAGGAAAGUGUUGGACUGGGAAGAAAAGGGUGUUGGCAGCAUGUUCUCCAGUCUUAACCACAGCCGUCCAUUUUGAUUUUGAGGCCUGUGACAUUUUCAGCCCUGUCUUUGUGCUCAAUGUAAGGCCCUUCCUGCAUUCCUGUGAGCCGGUCUACUGGUAAGCUGUGUAUGAUCUCUACAGCAGCUCGUCUCGACUGGAGCGUCGUGUGUGCAGUGUUCUCAGCAGGCAGGCAAUAAGGGAAUGUCUUCAAAAUGGACGCCACACACACUGCCUCAUAGCUGUGGAGUGAGAUGGGAGGGAAUCUGAUACGCUCCCUUUCUGCCUGUGUAACUGCAUCCCCCAUGUUUUAGAAAAUGCACACAACCAGUGAGGACUAUAUGGGCUUUGAGGGAGUGAGGGACUUGGUUCCAGGGGUUUUGUGAUAGUGAGGAGAAAUCCUCUCUGCAUUGCAGCACUGUGUCUGAGGAGAUAGGGGAGAAGAGAGCCUGUGUGGCACUCUGAGCCAGGCGCCCAAUCAGGCACCUCCGUGUGGUGCUCAAACCAAUCGGCAGUCCACAGCUGAGGUUAAAGAUUGACAAUCGCAGAGAGAGCAGCAGGGAGAGCAAGGCCCUUCUGGAAAAUUCUGCACCAAUCUUUGUCUCAUCCCCCACCGGCCUCAAAAAAAUUAAAAUAAGAAAGAAUAACAAUUAAAAAAGGCUGAAGAAUCUGUAUUCUGUGCGUAAAGAGAAAAAAAAGUUUGGCUGAGGAGGAGGUGAAGACUGAGUCGGAUGCAGUAGAGGGGAUGGAGAUCUCUACACGAUCCAAAGUUUCGGACCCUGGGACAGUGGAGCGGGCGGCCCAGAAACGCAAGGUGCCCAGCCCCCCUCACUCGUCUAAUGGUCACUCCCCGGCUGAGACCUCCCCCAGUCCGGUCAAAAAGAAGAAGAAGCCAGGAGCGGUCAGCAGCAGUAAAGACCAGUCAGAACUAAGACAUGGUCCCUUUUACUAUGUGAAGCAGCCAGCACUCACCACAGACCCUGUUGAUGUUGUGCCGCAGGACGGCAGAAAUGACUUCUACUGCUGGCUGUGCCACCGCGAGGGCCAGGUGCUCUGCUGUGAGCUCUGCCCGAGGGUGUACCACGCCAAGUGCCUCAAACUACCCGCAGAGCCCGAGGGUGACUGGUUCUGCCCUGAAUGUGAGAAAAUAACAGUUGCAGAGUGCAUAGAGACUCAGAGUAAAGCAAUGACGAUGCUAACAAUAGACCAGCUGUCUUACCUGCUAAAGUUUUCACUCCAGAAGAUGAAACAGCCAGGUGACCAACCACGCUCGUCAUCUCACUCCCCCCAUGCAGGCGCCACGCAGAGAAAGGCUUUUAAUUGGACGGAACCCUUCCAGAAGCCUGUAUCUCUGGAACAGCAUCCGGACUAUGCAGAGUAUAUAUUUCACGCCAUGGAUCUCGGUACAUUGGAGAAGAAUACAAAAAAGAAAAUGUAUGGCUGCACUGAAGCUUUCUUGGCAGAUGUGAAAUGGAUUUUACACAACUGCAUAAUUUAUAAUGGAGGCAAUCAUAAGCUCACUGCCACAGCUAAAGUCAUAGUGAAAAUCUGUGAACAUGAGAUGAAUGAGAUUGAGGUCUGUCCGGAGUGCUAUCUGUCAGCUUGCCAAAAGAGAGACAACUGGUUCUGUGAGCCAUGCAGUAAUCCUCACCCUCUGGUGUGGGCCAAACUGAAGGGGUUUCCAUUCUGGCCUGCCAAAGCACUGCGGGACAAAGACGGGCAGGUGGAUGCUCGUUUCUUCGGGCAGCACGACAGGGCAUGGGUCCCCUUAAACAACUGCUACCUCAUGUCCAGGGAGAUUCCCUUUUCUGUGAAGAAGACUAAGAGCAUCUUCAACAGUGCCAUGCAGGAGAUGGAGGUCUACGUAGAGAACAUGAGGAAGAAGUUUGGAGUGUUCAACUACGCCCCCUUCCGGACACCUUACACCCCUGACAACCAGUACCAAAUGCUGCUGGAUCCUGCCAAUCCCUCGUCCGGCUCGGUCCGGCCCGAGAAGCAGGAGAAGAUCAAGUUCAACUUUGACAUGACUGCAUCUCCCAAGAUGCCCUUGGCCAGGAGCAUGCUGUCUGACGGGGGCAUGGGUGGAGUUGGAGGGAGUACAGGCCGGAGGAUCUCCCUGACAGAUAUGCCCCGCUCGCCCAUGAGCACCAACUCCUCUGCUCACACAGGCUCUGAUGGAGAGCAGGAUACACCAGACAAGGGCCCGGCUAGAGCCCCAGUCAGCCACUACAGUGCUGGGGAGGAGUCCAUGGACUGCACAGCUUCACCUGCUUCCAAUCGACCUGGUCCUGCCUCUGGUGCCAAUGACAGCCCUAAACCGUUCCACUCCCAGGGUCCUGCUCUAGUCCCCAAGCAGGAGAAAGCAACUCUCACAGGGAGCAUCCUUAACCUCAACCUGGACCGUAGCAAAGCCGAGAUGGACCUAAAGGAGUUGAGUGAGACUGUACAGCAGCAACAGCAGGGGGCCCCACCAGUCCUCACCUCGCCCAAGAGACAGAUCAGGAGUCGCUUCCAGCUCAACCUGGACAAAACCAUUGAGAGCUGCAAGGCCCAGCUAGGUAUAGAUGAGAUAUCUGAGGAUGUGUAUAAGGGAGUAGAACACAGCGACUCAGAGGACUCUGAUAAAUCAGAUUCGAGUGACAGUGACGCCAGCGAUGAGGAACAGAAACCUAAGGCAGGCAAACACACAAAGGCCAAUGACAAGGGCGAGAAGGACCCUUCCAAGAGGGGAUCCAAAGACCCCCUGCCCCCCAGCCUAAAUGAGGUCAAAACAAAGGGGCCAGCAACUGCCACAGUAACCAUGGGGGAUGCGGGGGCACCAUCUACCCUCUCUGAAUCCUCAUCUAAAGGGAAGCAGGGUGUACACUCGGACAAAGAGCCCCCAGAGGAAGCAAAAGCAGCCCCAGUGUCCCCGGCAUCCAGAGAGAAGCCCCAGGUGAAGCAGGAGGCGAGGCAGCCAUCUGUGGUGGACGACUCCGACUCUGAGAGGGAGCUGGUGAUUGACCUGGGGGAGGACCAGAGGGGCAGAGACAGGAAGAAGAGUAGGAAAGAUUCACGCGCCACCAAAAAUCCACCAGCCAAUAAGACAGAGGGUAAAGCCCUGUCAAGUUCCCUUACUCCAUCUCAAAACAACACAGCCCAUUUCUUAACCCCCAGUAUAAAAGAUUCAUCACAUUCUCCACUAGCCAUCCCUCUAAACAUGGUGUCCUUCACUACUGCUUCUUCCACCACCAUCGCCCCAACCACACUCCCCAAUGCCACACUACCUAUGGCCCCCAUCACAUCCUCCUCUGCCACCACAGCAGUGAAGAAACAGCGCCCUCUGCUGCCCAGGGAGACUGUCCCGGUGGUGCAGCGGGCGGUGGUGUGGAACCCCACCAACAAGUUCCAGACUUCCUCCCAGAAGUGGCACAUGCAGAAGGUGCAGCGGCAGCAACAGAAUCAGCAGCCAGAUACGCCUCAGCUGCAGGCAGCAUCACCAGGCCAGCCACAGACAAUGCCGCAAACGCCAGCAUCUGCAACAUCUUCAUUGCCACAGCAACCUUCCCAAAGCAUGCGGUACCAGACCAGGCAAUCUGUCAAAGCUGUCCAGCAGAAAGACCCUCCACUCAGUACGUCCACGUCGUCUGUUACCCUGGUGACCAGUACCCCACCCUCUGUGGCCAUGAUGGCAGCCCCUGGAUUAGGUAGUGGCCCCUCCACCCCAUCCUCCAUGGCAGGGGACUUCCAGAUCCCCACCGCAUCAGCAGACGUAGCAGCUGACAUUGCGAAGUACACUAAUAAAAUAAUGGAUACAAUCAAAGGGACUGUGACUGAGCUGUAUACAGACCUUUCCAAAAACACUUCAGGGAACACAUUAGCAGAGAUUAGACGAUUGAGAAUUGAAAUAGAAAAACUGCAGUGGCUUCAUCAACAGGAGCUGUCAGAAAUGAAGCACAAUCUAGAGUUAACCAUGGCGGAGAUGAGGCAAAGUCUGGAGCAGGAGAGGGAGCGACUGAUGGCGGAGGUGAAGAAGCAGAUGGAGGUGGAGAAACAACAGGCGGUAGAUGAGACCAAGAAGAAGCAGUGGUGUGCCAACUGCAAGAAGGAGGCCAUAUUCUACUGCUGCUGGAACACCAGCUACUGUGACUAUCCCUGCCAGCAAGCCCACUGGCCAGAACACAUGAAGUCCUGCACACAAUCUGCGACAGCCUCACAGCAAGAGCCUGAGUCGGGGUCCACGGCAGACGGCCCAAACAAAGCCUCAGGACAGUCAAGUGGUCAAACCUCUCCCAGAGGAACGACAUCCGCCCCCACAGACAAAGACUCUAACGUGGAGAAAAGCAAGGACAAUGUCACUGUCAGCCUUUCCUAACACUGAGCCCUUGCCCCAACCUUUGAGUUAUUGCACUUGGACCUGUAACAUAAAACUAUCGACACUUUAUAUUUUCAAGCUGCUGCUCUGGAGUAAUCCAAAGGCUCUUUUUUUGUUAAUGACCGGAAUUUCAUCUUUCCCAAAAAUCUACAAUCGUCCUUAUCCAUCUCAAGUAUACUUACUGUAUUUCCAGGAGAUUAAUGUCCAAUGUACUGUGGGACAAGUAACCACCAGAGGGCACCACCUGUUCUCGCAAUCACUGUCAGCAACAGGCAGUACAUUACACUCCCUUUGCAAGCUCAUAGAGAAGCAGCUUUAUGGCCAAAUUUGAGGAGUAGGUGUGUGAGUAAGAUGCAUAGAAAGUUUAUCUAUUAUUAUCUGUAAUAUUAAUAAACAUUUAUUGGGAGUGCAUAAUAAGUUUUGGUACUUGACAGUUUGGUCAAUGAUCAUCCAGAUGCCCAAACUCAAUGUGAACGGACAAGAAUGGAACAUGGCUUCAGAUGAGUGUUAACACAAAUGUCUUUUUCUUUUUUUACAAUUGUAUGUUAAUUUAUUUAUACCAGAAUGUUGCCUACAGUUUAUUGCAGAGAUAAUGUUGAAUAUACUGCCUGUUGAAUUAAGAUAUGGUUUAAAGAUAGGCUUUUCCAUUUCGGAAUGUUUUUCUUUCCUCCCCUGGGUUUCGUGUUCAUCAUAAUGCUGCCAUUUGUCCUGAAUUCAUAUUUGUGUUAUACGCAUGUUGUCCCUGAGAAAUAAACCAUGUUUAUGGAAAACACAGGACUAGUGUUUGAGGUAACAGAAUAUACCACUACAUCUAAGGCUGUUACAUUUUUCAAUGUGUCUGCCACAUAAUUCCAAAAUGUUAAUGUAGCUGGUUGAAAAUUAUAAACUACAGCGAACAAGUCUUCGUGUGUCAGGUUUGAGCGCUCUACACCUUAUUCACUCAUCUGAGAGCAGGAAAUGUCAUUUGAUUUUCACAAACUAUUUUCCUACUACAAUCUACUGUAAUGGAAUCAUUCCUCCCUGUAUAGAGAAGUGACUAAAUCAACUGUUGUAUUUAAUGUCGUUUGUUUACAUUCUGUAAAUAAAUAAAGUAUGUUCUGAAA